CUUCUGUCUUUGCUGCUGCUUUCUCUGGGCGUCCCGGUCCUGGCGGCUCCCCAGCGUCUCAUCUGUGACCGCCGCGUGGUGGAGAGGUACAUUCUGGAGGCCAAGGAGGCGGAGAAUGUCACGAUGGCUUCUGUUGAAGACUGCGGCUCAAUCGAGAACAUCACUGUCCCUGACACCAAAGUCAACUUCCACGUCUGGAAGAGGAUGGAAGUCUCACAGCAGGCUGUAGAAGUCCGCCAAGGCCUAGCCUUGCUCUCAGAUGCCAUCCUGCGUAGCCAGGCUGUGCUGAUGAAUUCUUCUCGGCCAUCGGAGAUUCUGAAGCUGCACGUGGACAAGGCUGUCAGUGGCCUACGCAGCAUCACCUCCUUGCUCCGGGCACUAGGACUUCAGAAGGAAGCCAUCUUGCCUCCAGACGCCCCCUCCCCUGCACCACGCCGGACAUUCACCGUGGAUAAUUUCUGCAAACUCUUCCGAAUCUACUCCAAUUUCCUCCGGGGAAAGCUGAAGCUGUACACAGGGGAGGCCUGCAGGCUCGGGGACAGGUGA